ACGUGGUGAUGUGGAACAACAUCCGAGUCUGCCUUCCCAUCACGCUUCUGGUCAUCGCUUUGUGUUGUUUGGUACGGAUGGAUUUCGUUCCUGUCUACUACAUAAACCUUCUCAUCUCCAAUCUAAUCCAACUCUGCGCUAAUAUCCUCUGGGUUGCAAAAUGGGAUGAAGAUGACUGGCUGGAGUUUGUAGCUGUAAUAUACUGCUGCGGUGGGAUGGCCAGCAUCGGCUUCAGGAUGUGCAUCACCCUGGAAAGGUAUUUUUCCAUCUCCCGCCCUCAGCUGCAGUGGAUCAGACAGACCACAGACUCUCUGCUGUUAUCUUUCCUCAUCUGGAUGUUUUUCAUCAGCAUCGUCCGUAUUCUUGUAAUCUUGAAGAAAAUGUCACCCCUUGUGAUUAUGGGCCUUCUUUUUGGCCCCGUUUUCCUCACCUGUUUAAUCAGGACCCUGAAAGCGCUGCCUGCUGCCACCUCAACACCUGCUGAGGAAAAACGGAGAAUUGUGGGAACUUUAAUCCUGUUGCUGCUUAAUUACAAUCUGUUUAUUAUUCCCACAGUCAUUUUACAUAUUUUAAUAAUGACCUCCUUUAAUCUAGCUUUAGUCAAACAGGUGUGUUUCACCUUGAUUCUACUGAGUCCUUUUAUGGAUUUGACUGUGUUUGUCUUGAUGUGUAAAGGACCCACCAACAAGGGCUGUCUGCGCUGCGGCCAGACAGAAAACACUGCUGCAGAUCAUCUGUGUGAAUGAUGGUGGGUAAAGAUAAAGAGGAGGAAACAGUACCACGUGGUAGGAGAUAAAAUGAAAAUCAGAUAAUUAAACGAUGGGGAGAAAAGCAAAAAGCUAUCUGUUACAGAUGCCAAUGUGCUGUAAGAAUUAAACUUCCAGGUAGUUUCCAACUAGAAAAAGCAAAAACAAUAAUUUUAAUUCAGUCAGGAAUAUUGUAUUAAAUUUAUAUUACAAAGUAGAUGCAAUUAAAA